GAAUCCACGGUGGAGGGGACACAGGGUUCUGAGGCGCAGGUAUAUAAAAAUCAAUGAAAUAAAAUCAAUGAAAUAAAGCAUUCAGUGAGGGGCUUUCGGUGAAGGCCUACAGUUCUAUAGCAGCAGUGCCAGAGCCUAAGAAGGACGAGGGGGCACCCUGAGCCAGCAGUGGGCGGUAUCAGCUUACCCCCCCUUCUCCCUGGGGCGAGUGGGGCGUACAUCUUUCACAGCUACUAUGGGCCCAAAGAAGGCCCCAGUUAAGAAGGGCGGCAAGCCCAUGAGGCCUACUAAGAGGCCACACAUCCCGGUCGAAUCUUCAUCUGACGAUGAAGGCGAUCUUGAGCUGGGGGCCAUCAGGGAGCUUAUUGCGCGCCUCCAAGCCCUGGAGAAGCAGCGCUCUGCCCCAGCGGGGGACGAAACAGGUAGAGGGCCUUCUGGGGUCCCAUCACGUUAUCAAAGGACAUCCAGGGCUGCCAAAAAGGCUAAGCUAAUGCAGGGUUUUGCUGAAUGUUUGGAAGUGCUCGAGGCAGCGGCGGGACCAUCUACACCCGAAUCGAGAGGGAGCAAGCCACUCCAAGUCGAAAAUGUGCAGGGCGACAGCAGCGAGGACCCCGGGAGCGACGAGAAUGGCGCAGGGCUGCAGUCAGCAGGGCCACAGGCGGCGAAGGGGCGUGCCAGAGUCCUCAUACUGGGCUACUCUUUCAUUUUUUGGGCACUCAAAUGGGCGCAGGGCGCUGAGCCGGGAACGCAAAUGGGCCUAGGGCGUUGGGCCACGGUAGAUUGGCAUGGUCGGCGGGGCAUGUGGAGAGCCAAGCUGUUGCCAAUGCUGCAUGAAUUCCUCAAGGAAAAUCCGGCACCGGAUAUCCUGCUACUACCUUUUGAGGGACUCCUGUGCCUAACAGUCCUGGGCAUGACAGGGGGAAAUUCCAAAGGGGCCAUUUCUCCCAGCAUGGAGAUGUAGUGGUGGAGGAAACUUGGCCCGAUGAAUUUCUGCUUGUUGCGCAGCUGUGAAAGGCAAAGAAGCCCAGAAAAAUAAGCUGUUAAAUGCAUCGUUACUGGUAAAGUCAGCAGGCCUUUGGAACAGUUUUGUUCUCUCCGUCUCUGCUUCCCCACUGCUUACCUGUCCUCAUUCACACCUCCUUAACAUCUGUUCAA